AUGAAUUAUGAGUUCAAUACACCCUGUUUAGCGGAAAGACCGAUAUUCCUUCCUCAUUAUCUGACAAUCACUUAUUCACAAACCUCGUGUGGGGUGAAUAGUUUUCAUUUCCCAUCUCAAGGAAAAUCCUUUUCGCUCCACUUAGCCCUAUCCCUCUCUAGUGGUAUUUUAUUGUUUGGUUCUAUAGGUACUAGACGAUCCUAUUUGGUCAAAUACCUAAUGACAAACUUCUAUGUUCCUUUCAUUACACUAUUUCUGAACAACUUAAUGUAUAACAAGCCUAAGGAUUUAUCUUAUAGUGACGAUAUUGAUGAUAGUGAAGCCCUUUCGUCUAUGUGUGCACGGGCUACCUAUGUUUUUUUCGCCUGUCAUUCAUUUUUUGCAGGAAAGAAAUAUGUCAAGAAAGGGAGAAAACCUUUGUGGCUGUUGGGCAUAUCCUUGAUUUUUUAG